AUGAGCUACUCGGGCGCAGACUACGACUAUGACUACGACGACGAAGGCGGGAUCAUCGACCCUGUCAAGCUCCUUACGAUCUGCUUCGGGCUCGGUGUAUGGCUCGUCUGGCGCCGCUACUACUCCAUUCUCAACCGCGCCAUAUACUUCAAGAUACCCCCUCCUAUCCAAAUCAAAGAUACCUGGACCGCGCAGAAGUUACCGCAGCCCUCGCUCGAGGCGCAUUUGAACAUCGACGGUCUCCUCCCCAACUUUCCCCUUCCUGACCGUAAAUAUAUCACGGCAUACGACCCUGCCACGGCCUACCACUUGGACACCAUUCUUGCUGAUUCCGAGGAGCAAAUUCAGAGAAAGGUCAUGCACGCGUACGAAGCACAGAAAAAAUGGGCUGCCACCUCCUUCGACGACCGCAGGCGCGUCAUGCGCAGCUUGAAGAAGUGGCUCGUGGACAACCAGGAGAUCUGCGCGAAGGUAGCGUGCAGAGACACCGGAAAGACUAUGCUGGACGCGGCGCUCGGCGAGAUUAUCACGACAUGCUCGAAGUUGGACUGGCUCAUCAACCAUGGAGAGGGCGCCCUUUCUCCCGAGUCGCGGCACAACAACUUGAUCAUGUUCUACAAGUCCUCCUGGGUGCAGUACGAGCCUCUGGGUGUCGUAGCGGCAAUCACGUCCUGGAACUACCCCCUUCAUAACGCCUGGUCGCCCAUCAUUGCUGCUCUCUUUGCCGGCAACAGUGUGGUCUUGAAGUGCUCUGAGCAUGUAAUCUGGUCAACUACUUGGUUCGUUCAAGCUAUCAAGGAAUGUCUCAAGGCUUGCGGCCAUGACGAGGAGCUCGUCCAGCUUGUCUGCUGUUACCCAGAAGAUGCGGAAGCACUUACCAAGAACGCUCUCGUUCGUCAUAUCACCUUCAUUGGUUCCGAGCGUGUUGGCCGCAUUGUCGCCCAAGCGGCCACCGAAUAUCUCACCCCGGUGACGCUUGAACUUGGCGGCAAGGACCCAGCUAUCAUCCUGCCCUCCACCGAUCUUGACAAGUGGAUCAGCUUGCUCAUGCGAGGCGUUUACCAAAACGCAGGUCAGAACUGCAUCGGCAUCGAGCGUAUUCUUGUGCACGAAUCGCAAUACGACGAACUUUUCAAGAUGUUCACCGAGCGUGCCGACAAGCUCCGUCCUGGACAUUCGCUCAAGAGCCCCGGCGACGGAGUUGCCCCGGCUGCGGACGUCGGCGCGAUGGUGUCAGGCGAACGGUUCCCCGGCUUGCAGCAUGCUCUCGCGGCCGCGGUCGAGCAGGGUGCAAUUCAGACCGUUGGCGGCGAGCCGUGGCGCCAUCCGUAUCUGGAGCAGGGCACAUACUUCAAGCCCACUGUGCUUGGAGACGUCAACCCCGAGUCCGACGUUGCCCAGCAUGAACUGUUCGCGCCCAUUGCUUUGAUUAUGAAGUAUGACACCGUCGACCAGGCCGUCGAAAUCGCAAACGGCACGCGAUAUGGCUUGGGUGCCAGUGUUUUCGGUCCUGUGCGCGACGAUUGUAUCAAGGUUGCCAAACGGCUCCAAUGCGGCAUGGUUGCGGUCAACGACUUCGGAGUCUUCUAUCUAAACCAAGACUUGCCGUUCGGGGGUACCAAGUACAGUGGCUACGGACGGUUCGGUGGUCCGGAGGGUCUGCGUGCCUUGACCAACGUGAAGGCGAUCGUUGUGGACCGCUGGGGGUGGGCUAUCCAAACCAGCAUCCCCGCUGUGUUGGAUUACCCUAUCCGCUCUGUUACGCAGAGUUGGGAUUUCAUCAGCGGGAUGGUCGGAUUCCUGUACGCUGAUGCGUGGCGUACGAGGAUAGACGCGCUCUUGAAGAUGAUCAAGGCGAGUGGGCGGUAGGUCUCUUCCGCGUCGCAGGGCGACUAGGGGGUUGGGGUGGUCUGCAGCGGCCGUACAGUGCGAAUGUAUUCGAUGAUCUAUUAAUGACUUGGAUGAACCUAUGCC